AACGACUCUUUCACCUACAUCCACAACCUCAUUCCUCGCUACUCAUGGAUAUGAAUCCGUUUGGCACAGGGCCAGCGGGCCUGUUCGCUCAACUUGCGGGGGGCUUCGGACCUAUUGGACAUGGACUCAGGCCUCCUCCGGCACGCUCGUAUGAUGAAUACUACAGAGCAUACAGUGUUGCCAUGCUUCCCGGUCGGGAACGAGAGAACGUUAGCUAUGGAGGCAAGAUCAUUAUGCCCCAAUCGGCGCUCGCGAGCAUCACUCAACUGGAUCUCGAGCCCCCUUGGAUGUUCCUACUGCGCAAUCCAGAGAACCCAGCGGCUUCUACGCAUGCUGGUGUACUCGAGUUCAUCGCCGAAGAGGGCUGUGUACAUCUCCCACACUGGAUGAUGCAGACUCUGAGGCUGAAUGAGGGUGAUGCGAUCCGCGUGACUGGAGCGGAACUGCCGAAGGGUCAAUUCGUCAAGUUACAAGCUCAGAACACUAUGUUCCUCGAGAUUUCGGACCCCAAAGCAGUUCUGGAACAAGCACUGCGCAACUUCUCCGCAUUGACACAGGGCGACAUCAUUGACAUCUCGUACAACUCAAUCGUGUUCAGUCUCCUCGUAAUGGAAACGAAGCCAGGAGGGGAGGGCAUCAGCGUCAUAAACACUGAUCUCGAGGUCGACUUCGCAGCUCCUGUAGGCUACGUCGAGCCCGAGCGUCCAAAGCCUGCGCCGCCAUCCACCAUGGCGUCCAAGCUCAACAUCGACGUCAACUCCCAGACGCCUGGUUCUUCCCGUCCAUCCUCAUCACUGGGCGGUAGCUUUGGGACAACGGCACCUCGCAGUGUUGGUGUGAGCAAAGGUGGCGACAAGUGGGAGAGCUUCAAAGGCAAGGGAGAGACCCUGGGUGGCCGAAAGACGAAGGGCAAGGGCAUUAGCCAACGGCCCGUUGAGGAGACGGUGACCGACAGCAAGAUUAUCCGAACAGACAAACACCGAAUAGUGACCAGUGAACUACUGGACACCGAAGUGUCUGCCCCCGCUCCGUUGAACCUUCCUUUCGGCAAGCUAUUCUUCGGCUACCGAAUCGUGCCCUACCAACCUCCCGAUGCCAAAGUGGACACGGAUGAGCAGCCACCAGCAUUCACGGGGUCAGGCGCCAUGCUCAAUGGGCGGUCAACGGGACAGGCCCCUUCGGGGUCGACAUCGUCCAAGGGCAAGGGCAAGGACAAGGAAGAGUCCAGCCCAAGUGCAGCCUGGGGCUCGGGCGGAAAUACUCUAGGCGGACGCUCAGCCCCCGUGCCUGUGCCCGAUACCAAUAGCCGUGGGCCUGCACCGUCGAACAGAUCUCCCGAGCAGAGACGGCGCUCUCCAACACCCGAUCGGGCGUACGACACAGACGAGAUGGAGUCGGAUGACGACAGCGUGAUAUACAUUAGCGACGAUGAUGACUAGCGGAUGUCCCCGAGUAUGCGAAGAGGAACGUUCCGGUUCUGCAGUUCGAACGAUCGAAUAGUUUGUAUAUCAGGUAGGACUCAUUGUACAUUGCCCAUAUGUCACGCUUCAGCAAUAUAGAUCACUAUACAGAGCGC